AUGGCCAAGUUUUCCAUUAUGGAUCUUUGCCCCGAUCUAGCGGAUCAUGGCUCAUCAAUCUCUACUAUGAAACAGAAAGUCUCCGCUGCAAGUAUGACCGUAUCAGAAGCGUCUGCUAACUAUCAUAAUUACGAAUACACUGAUGAAGGCAUAGAAGAAGGACCUUCAGAUAGUAAUGAAAGCAGUAAGGAUUUGAAAAAAUCGCUGAAGAGGUCAUCAGAGGAUAACGAGAAAAGGACAAAUACCAGUGACAAACCACCGUUCUCUUACAAUGCGCUUAUAAUGAUGGCAAUUAAAAGCAGCAGUGAGAAAAGGUUGACUUUAUCCGGGAUUUAUGACUACAUUAUGACGAACUAUCCUUUCUAUCGAGAUAACAAACAAGGAUGGCAAAAUUCAAUCCGUCACAACUUAUCUCUCAACAAGUGUUUUGUUAAAGUACCAAGAAGCUUCGAUGAUCCUGGAAAAGGAAACUACUGGAUGCUUGAUGCUUCCUGCGAAGACGAAGUGUUUAUCGGUGGUGCCACUGGGAAGUUGCGAAGACGACCUUCGUCCUUCACUCGUGCUAGGAUAGAUGCCUUCAAACACUACGGGCCGGCAGCAGUGGCACUUUUUCCUCCGUAUGGCCAUCUCACCUUCCCUCGUCCUUCUCAUCCUUUCCCUUCGCGUCCACUUUUACCAAUCCCACCAUUUUAUGCACACACAGACCUUAUGCAACUGUACUUAGUUCAACAACAACAACAACAACAACAGCAACAACAACAACAACAACGAGGAGUGCUGAAAAGAUACUAA